CUCUUUUGCCCAGGCCACGACAUCAAUGGGGCCCUCGAACCCUCGAACAUAGACACGAGCAUCUUGGAGGAGUACAUCAGCAAGGAGGACUCCUCGGACAUCUGCUUCCCCGAUAUCCCUGCUCCUGCCGCCUACCCGCACAGCCAGUCCUCCGGAUCCUCGGGCAGUGGCCACCACCUGAGCCCGCCGGCGGCCCGCCACGGCCCCCUCCCGCCCCCGCCCUGCGGGCCCGGCUUCGGUGCCCACCUCAACGUCAACAACAACAAUGGCCUGGCGGGGCCCAGAGGCCUGGCGGGGCCCUGCCUGAGCGGGGGCUCGGGGCCGCCCAUCAAAUCGGAGCCUAAGGCAGCCUAUGCCCCAGGCGCCCUGCCCGACUCGCCUCCGGACUCGGGCUCCGAAGCCUAUUCCCCCCAGCAGGUGAAUGACCCUCACCUCCUGCGAACAAUGACCCCCGAGAACAUGUGCCACGUCAGCAUCCCCUCCCGCCUGGAGCACCCCCCUCCUCCGCCUCCACCCACCCACCUGGCCGGCCCUCCCCCCCCGCCCCCCCACCUCCCGGGCCCGCCUCCUCCCCCCCACACCCCGUCCUGGGGAUCUGUCGAACCCCUCUGGGCCCCCGCCAUGGGGCAGGCCGUGGCCCCCGGAGACCUGCACCAUGCCCAGCAAUCGCAGAUGCUUCACCAGCUGCUGCAGCAGCAUGGGGCCGAGCUCCCCGUACACCCCUCCAAGAAGAGGAAGCACUCCGAAUCACCCCCCAACACCCUCAACGCCCAGAUGCUCAAUGGGAUGAUAAAACAGGAGCCAGGUACGGUGGCCUCCCUGCCCCUCCAUCCCGCCAGAGCCCCCACGCCGCCCUGGCAUCAGCAAGGUCCCCUCUCGCCAGGACCGGGAGCCCUCCCCCUCAGCAUCGCCAGAGUCCAGACGCCGCCCUGGCAUCCGCAGGGGGCCCCCUCACCAGGCCUCAUGCAGGACAACGAGAGCCUGAACGGCUCCUACCUGGACCCCAAUUACCAGUCUAUCAAGUGGCAGCCGCACCAGCAGAACAAGUGGGCAGCGCUCUAUGACGCCAACUACAAGGAGCUACCCAUGCUCACUUACCGGGUGGACGCCGACAAGGGCUUCAAUUUCUCCGUGGGCGACGAUGCCUUCGUGUGCCAGAAGAAGAACCACUUCCAGGUGACGGUGUACAUCGGCAUGCUUGGGGAGCCCAAGUACGUCAAGACCCCCGAGGGUCUGAAGCCCCUGGACUGCUUCUACCUGAAGCUGCAUGGAGUCAAGCUAGAGGCCUUGAAUCAAUCCAUCAACAUCGAACAGUCCCAGUCUGACCGAAGCAAGCGGCCCUUCAACCCUGUCACGGUCACACUGCCUCCAGAGCAAGUCACCAAGGUUACAGUGGGGCGCCUGCACUUCAGUGAGACCACAGCCAACAACAUGCGCAAGAAAGGCAAACCCAAUCCGGAUCAGAGGUACUUCAUGCUGGUGGUAGCGCUGCAGGCACAUGCGCAGAACCAGACGUAUACGCUGGCUGCCCAGAUUUCGGAGCGCAUUAUUGUCAGGGCCUCCAACCCCGGCCAGUUUGAGAGCGACAGCGACGUCCUGUGGCAGCGGGCUCAGCUGCCGGACACCGUCUUCCAUCACGGCCGCGUGGGCAUCAACACGGACCGGCCGGAUGAAGCUCUAGUCGUCCACGGCAACGUGAAGGUGAUGGGCUCCCUCAUGCACCCGUCAGACAUCCGGGCCAAGGAGCACGUGCAGGAGGUGGACACCACCGAGCAGCUGAAAAGGAUCUCGCGGAUGCGGCUUGUGCACUACAGCUACAAACCCGAGUUCGCAGCCAGUGUGGGCAUCGAGGCCUCCCCUGAGACCGGGCUCAUCGCCCAGGAGGUAAAGGAGAUCCUCCCUGAGGCCGUGAAGGACACUGGCGAUGUGGUCUUUGCCAACGGGAAGACCAUUGAGAACUUUCUGGUCGUGAACAAGGAGCGCAUCUUCAUGGAGAACGUGGGGGCCGUGAAGGAGCUGUGCAAGCUGACGGACAACCUGGAGACGCGCAUCGACGAGCUGGAGCGCUGGAGCCACAAGCUGGCCAAGCUGCGGCGGCUGGACAGCAUGAAGUCCACGGGCAGCUCCGGGGCCUUCAGCCAAGCGGACAGCCAGUUCAGUCGAGCCGGGAGCGUCCCCCACAAGAAGCGUCCCCCGAAGGUGGCCAGCAAGGCCCCCUCCGUGGUCCCCAACCAGGCCUGCAUCAGCCAGCGCUUCCUGCAAGGGACCAUCAUCGCCCUGGUAGUCGUCAUGGCCUUCAGUGUGGUGUCCAUGUCUACACUGUAUGUGCUGAGCCUUCGGAACGAGGAAGACCUAGUGGACAUGGACGGCUCUUUUGCUGUGUCUACUUCCUGUCUUCUGGCCCUCCUCCGGCCCCGGGACCCCGGGGGGAGUGUGGCCCUGUGUCCAUGGUCGAGUCAGAGCUACGGGACCACCCAGCUCCGCCAGUCCCCGGCCUCCAGUGGCCCGCCCGACCCCCGGCCCUCCUCCCAGCCUGUCACCACCGGCCUCCCAGACUCCACCGGGCCUGUCCUGGUCCCUCACGUGGAGCUGUGCCCCAGCCCUCCCUGUCCAGUGGUUUGCUGCUCCCCGCCCACCCCGAGCCCCUCCUCCGCCCAGAGCCCAGCCCCCAGUCCCACUGCCAACCGCUCAGGCCCAAGCCAGACCUCGCUGCUGCCGGUCACCAGCAUCAGAGCCAAGUCUUGGGGCCUUUCGGCCAAUGGGAUCGCCCACGCCAAGCCCCCCAAGAGCCUGGAGCCCCCGGCCAGCCCCUCGGCCCCCUUCACUGGAAUGCAGGGCAAGGCCAAGAAUAGCCCCAACCUGUCUAUCCCUGCUCGUGCACGCCGAGGGGCGCCCCUGCUCAGCCCCGCCACGCCCCGGCCCACCGGGCCUGACAGCCCGCUGGGUGCUUGGCCCACCCUGAGCUCCAUCCAGGUCCUGGAGAACGCCAUGCCCAUCACCGCCCAGUACUGUACCCCAGGUGAUGCCUGCAGGCCAGGGAACUUCACCUACAGCAUCCCCAUCAGCAGCAACACCCCCCUCCACCUCAGCCUGACCCUGCAGAUGAACUCCAGCUUCCCGGUCUCGGUGGCGUUCUGCAGCCUGAGGUCUCAGGAGAACCCGUGUGAGAAGGGCAUUACCCCCCGCGGCCUCCCCAUCCACGGCGAUACCCAGGGCACCUCCCACCAGUGGCCCUUGGCCAUCCUGUCCUUCCAGGAGUUCACCUACCACUUCCGAGUGGCCCUGCUGGGUCAGGCCAACUGCAGCUCGGAGGCGCCCCCCCAGGGGGUCACGGACUACUUCUUCCACUUCUACCGCCUGUGUGACUGAGCUGGGCCCCGGCCCCGAGGGGCCCUCCCGGCGCCUCUUCUCCCACACUGGAUGUGACCAUGUUACACUGGAGGGGGGGGUGACCCUGCACCCCGCCCCCACCCUUGGGGCCGCCUCUGCCCGGCCCCCCUGACACUGGAGCUCUCAGGGCACACACUGGAGUGAUGGCCGCACACUGAAGUGGGGGGGCCGCGCCAGCCUGGAGAAACUGGAAGUCCAGACACUGGAGUCACCGUCCCUGCCCCGCCCCCGCCUGCCCUGCCAUGGUCCCCGAGAACUGGGGACCCGGAGGCCCGGCCUGGGCUGCCCCCCCAGCCCCCGUGCCCGUCCGGCUGCAUUCUGGGCCCCCAUCCUGCCCCACAUGAGGUGCCUGGCCCUCUGGCACCCCCAGUCCCGGCCCCAGCCCUCGCAGCCUGAGGCUCUCCUGGGCUACUGGGAUAGCUCGGGUGCCUCCUGGCCCUCUGGCGCCCCUGCCCGGGGGCUCUGGGGGCUGGGCGGCCUUGGUGCCCUGGUCCUGCCCGCCAGCUGUGAGGGCCGGGGCCCAAUCGGACGGGAGGCGGGCCGCUGGACUUGAAGCCGGCCGCCCGGCACUCCCUGCUGUAGUGCAGCAAGCUUCUGGCCAGGGGUGCAGGGGGAGCGGGCCGGGGGGGCCGGGGACAUAGGAGCUAAUGACUAAAAUGCACUUGGACCAGGGAAGACUUGGGCAGAAACAGGAGGGCCCCGGGGCCACGUUCUGCCCACCCGGUGCCUUCCACUGCCAAAGCCGUCCUCGGGCCUCCUCUGCCCCCCUCCCCCCACUGGCCCUCAGAAGGCCAGACGUGGGGGCUCGUGGCUGCUAUGACGCUUCCCUCGCGAGCUCUCUGUGAGAACGGGGGUGGGGGGGAGGGGAGAGGACAGAGCCCCCUCUCUUCCCCACCGGGCGGGGCCUGGCCUGGGCCCCUCAUCCGCCCCUCACACUUGGCUGACAGGAGGCCCGGCUGUUCCUCACGAUGCCUUUGCACUUAGGGAUCUCAGCCUUACCCAGAGAAAGGCAAAGUUUGGGGGCCUGGCCUCCAGCACGGAGUCCGGCCGGCCUCUCCUGGCAUGGGCCUCCCUGCUGCAGGCCAGGGAUGGACUCUAGGAAAGCGCCUGCCUUCUCUGUCCCGGACCUGGGACCAGCCCCACUUGGUGCCUUAAAGCCAUUUCCCUAGUGCCAGAACUUCCCAGCCCACACCGGGAGGGGUCUCUCCCCCAGGAGAGACGGCUGCUUCGCCUUGGUCAGCCACCGGGGGCGGGGGCGGGGGUGACCAAGGGCUGGGCACAGAGGAAGUCCCCGGGGCCGAGAAUUUUGGACCAAAGUUGCCUUAUUCCCAAGGGGGAGAGCCCUCCAUUCUGGUGCCAGGAGGUCCAGCCCCCUUGGCGGCCAUGGGCGUCAGGCUACCCGAUGGCUGCCAUGUUUCUUUAGCUACUCCCCCUACCCCCUCCUGCUGUAAAUAGGAAUCCCCUCCCCACACUAACUGUCCGCUUGCUCUCACCGCCCCCCAGGCCUCCGGCCGUGCCCCGCUUAGCCGCCUGCCCCGUGUUAACCGCCCCGUGCCCCGCACCCUCCUCGCCUGGCUCCAGUUCGUAUUUAUAUCGUGCUAAGUGUGCCGGGAGCGCCCUCUCACCGGGCCUGUCGGCUUCCCGUGGACCGUCCUUUUCCCGGAGGCAAAUAUACAUAUAUAAAUAAAUCUAUAAA